CGUGUUUAAAUGAAGUUGAAAAUGUUAUAACGUGAAUUCAAUAAGUUGAAAUCGAGAAUUCUUGAAGUUGAAAUCAUGGUAUCAUAACACUGAAAUAAUGAAAUCACGAAGUUGAAAACGUUUUGUUAAAAUGUCCCCACUGUUCUUUCGUAAUUAUCCGUUUAAACAACAUCCGGUUUAACUUCCUACACUUUCGAUCAAAAUACAGAUUAUUAAGCAUGUUGACUAAGUACUUAUUUAAGGAUGCAAAAUGUGUAAUUGUGUAGAUUGACUAAUCUCAUCGUACAAUAGUUUCAAUGAUUGUAAGAAGACUUGUAUGCAGAAUUCGAUUGCGUUUCGGAAUUCUGGGGAUUUUAAGCAUAGUAAUCACAGUGUCAAUUCUAAAACCAAUGAGUGUGUUUCUCCAUGCGAAAGCAUGGACGAAAACCAGAAUAGCCGAAAAAGAUGACAGUUCUUCUAGACAUUUUGUCGGAGAGAAUUAUACUGGCGUGGUCAUAUUAACAUACAUGAGAAGUGGGUCUUCAGUGACAGGGGAUAUUCUACAACAGAAUAAUAAUGUAUUCUACGUGUUUGAACCACUGAGAAUACUUCAAGAUCUGAUCAAGCACGAGAAACCCGUGCAGUGGUUUAAUGGAACCAUCAGUGUCAUGAACAGCUUAAUUGCUGCAGAUGUCAAAAGACAAACUCUUAUCGGCUGGCUUUCCUGCAAUUUCUCGCUCGUCUAUGCCCAAUCAUUCGAUGACUUGGGGUUCCUUGCAUUCGGUAAGCAGACGACAUUGUACAGAACCUGUGUUCUUAGGAACCACAACAGCACAAUAAAUUACCCAGGUCAAAACAUUUCCAGAGUCUACAUUCGGACAUCGGCAUUUCAUCGAGGAUUGCAUGACGAGUGUUUACAGUCGCUUCAAAAUGCAUGCUUGUCCUCAAAAGUUAGAAUCAUAAAAACAAUUCGUACCUCUAUGCUAGAUAUGGAAGCUAUUUUGUCUGAUAUAAAAUGGUUUAAAGUCAUUACUGUAAUAAGGGAUCCAAGAUAUACUGUCCUAUCUCAGUUACGUAAUGACGCUUGUAGUGACGUAAGAAAUGUGACGCUUAAUUGCGCGAAACGUCACUGCGACAGAGUUUGGAAUGAUACACUUGUAAAAGCAAAAUUGCAAAGAGACAGUAAUAAUAAAAUUUUAACCGUAAAAUAUGGGAAACUAGUAGCAAAUCCAACUUUGCAGACAAAAAUCAUGUAUGAUUUUAUUGGGAUGGAGUUAUCACAAAAGAUAAUGAGUUAUGUAAAAAGAAUAGUGUUAGAGAGAAAUGUGACUGGAUGUAAAAUAUGCGAACAAUCCUGGCAGGCUGGCAACCAUUUCAGAACAACAACCAAGUUUCAGAAAACAGCGAACAGGCGAGCUUUUACCGACAUUGAAAAUGUUUGUAGAAAUGUACUAACUUAUUAUAACUAUACAAUUUAAGUCUCAUAAAAUGUAUUGGAGAAAUUAUGAAACUACUGCAUAGCGAAAUAUCUUA